CAAGCCCUAUCUGACUGAGAGACAUGUCCUCCUCCUCUCUUCUGUGGUGCCUGCUGGUGGUGUGUGUUCUGACUGUGGUCCAGAUCUAUGCAGCAGAGGAACGUAAGGUCCUCAAGGUGUUCAACCUCAGAGCCAGCGACCUGAACAGCGGCUUGUUCCAGACCCCUGAUGCCUACGUCAAGGUGUUUAUGGGCUCUGGCUACGGCGGGAAGACAGAGGUAAAGAACAACGACCAUGACCCCUGGUGGAAGGAGGACUUCAACUUCUUUAACGCCCAUGAGAACAACCCUGUGAGGCUGGAGGUGUACGACAGUGACUUGCUCUUUGACGACCUGCUGGGGACCUGCGAGCGCUCCAUCAAGAUUGGAACUUGGCAGCAUCAAUGUUUUCUGAAGAAGGGCGGGACCCUGUACUACUCCUACACCCUAGAGCCUCUACAGUAGAUCCUGUACUACUCCUACACCCAAGAGCCCCAAUAGUAGACCCUGUACCACUCCUGCACCCUAGAGCCUCUACAGUAGACCCUGUACUACUCCUACACCCUAAAGCCUACAGUUCACCCGGGAGCCCAUUAGACCCCUUCCACAUAGCUAAAACAGCAUUUAUUACUGAUAGUCCUAUAUCCAGCUAGAGUAGAGGCCUCUUGUUAUCUACAACAAUGUCUGGUCCCAUAUCUCUGUCCUCUUAUCUACAACAACAUCUGGUUCCAUAUCUCUGUCCUCUUAUCUACAACAACAUCUGGUCCCAUAUCUCUGUCCUCUUA